CGUGGACAACGGACGCUAUCUAGUGGCGAAACUGCAGUCCCGCUUUGCAACUGUCACGAGUGAGUUGUUGCCGCUGUGUCUUGCGAUUGAGUUCCGUCGAUAUCGUCGAGGUUUCCCCCCGCGCGUCGUCGAGCCUCACCUUCGACGGGGGAGGGGUCAGCAACGUGUUCUUCUUUCGUUUCGCGGCGAGUCCUGCGGCCGAGCUCCGAGUAUUCCGCGCGCGAGACCCGACCUCGCGGCAUCGUCGUAGCGCAGUCCAAAGGAAAAUGGCCGCCGCGGCGGCUGCCGCGCUGCUCGACGAGCUCAUGGGCAGGAACAGGAACGUCCUGCCCAACGAGAAACCCAAGGAACUCAACUGGGAGGAUCCGGAGUUUUGCAAGCUGUACCUGGUGAAAUUCUGUCCCCAUGACUUGUUUGUUAAUACAAGAGCGGACUUGGGUGCGUGCCCCAAGGUACACGACGACGAGGCCAGGGAACUGUUUGAAAAGGCGCCGCAUUCGUAUCGUAAACAGCAAUACGAGGAUGAGUUUAUCAGGUAUUGUCAGAGUAUGUUAAACGAGGUGGAGAGAAAGAUCAUAAAGGGGAAGCAGCGGUUGGCACUGAUUGGGAGAACAGAAGCACCGACGUUGACCCCGGCCCAGACUCAGAGGAACGAGGAGCAGAUCGCUUUGCUGACGGAGAAGAUAAACAAGCUGGUGGAGGAGGCCGAGCAGAGCGGCAUUCAAGGCAAUGUGGAGCAGGCGCAGGGCUUGAUGCGUCUCUGCGACCAGUUGAAGGAAGAGCGCGAGACCCUGAGGAAGUCCAAUGACAACAGUCAUUACAAUCAAACUGCCGAACUAGCGGCCGCGCAGGAGAAACAAAUGGAGGUGUGCGACGUGUGCGGCGCAUUUCUUAUCGUGGGCGAUGCUCAACAACGGAUUGAUGAUCAUUUAAUGGGAAAGCAGCAUGUCGGCUACGCCAGAUUGAAGAGCGCUCUUCAGGAGAUUAUGAACAAGCGCGAGAAAGCGCGCGACGAGAAGGAGCAGAGAAGAGAGGAAGAACGGAAACAGAGAGCGCGAGCGAAUGAGGAACUCGACAGACGGCGGAGAGACGGUGACAGAGAUAGAGAUCGCGACAGAGACAGGGACAAGCGUCGCAGGCGAAUGGACGACGACAAGAACCGUCAUGAUUCGAGCGGUCAUAGAAAUUCUGGGCAUAGAAGUAGAAGUAGAUCGCGAGACAAGCACCACCGGGACGAGGAUAGCCAUCGACGUCACGGUCGAGAUAAAGGAAAUCGUGAUCAUCGAAGCUCAAGCCAUCAUAACCGCCGCCGUCACCGCUCGCGAAGUCGAAGUCACAAGUAACUUCUCUUGAUUGGUUAGUGAGUGAGAAGUUAAGCCAGGUAUGCACCAAACAAUAUAACCAUAUUCGUCUCAAUUACUGUACAGGUACUCUCUCGAUCCAGGUGAGUUGCCAUUCCGAUGCACAUAAUACAUAUACAUGAUAAUAUAAUCUGUGAUGUUUGAAGCGCCGCGUAAGUCACACAGCAAGUUCAUCUCGCUCUCUCUGAAACAAACUCGGUCUCUCUCCGCCUCUCUCUGUCCGAUCUUCCAGAAUAGAAUGAAUAAAUACCUCUCGUAAGAUUCGAAGAAUGGACUAUGUUCCUUCUUUUUUUUCUUAAAUUUGUCACUGGCGCAAUCAAGUAUGUAACGCCGAGUGGGCAAAAUUGCUAGCUGUACUUAACUAUGUAAUAUUGUAAAUAUCUAUUAAAGAGACAAAGUGCUUCAGCGUAACAGUAGUCUGAUAUGCUUUUGUAGAGUCUCAAAGUCGAGAAAAUUAAAUUUACACGUGUCUUUAUAAGUUUUUUUAUUUUUACGACAUCUCAGUUACACUAUCGUGAUUUCUUGAAAAAACUUUAAGAUACAUUUAUACUCGUAGCUUUUCCCUCGAAUUGGUCUAAAUUUAAUUUUUUCGAACACUUUAAAGGCUUUUAACAAUGUAAAAUUGCAUCGCUCUGGAAAAUAUUUUUAGGACUUUUGGCAGUAAAUUCGACUCUUGGUAAUAAACUUAUCAUUUGAGUGAAGAACGUUUUAAUUAUUGCGUAUGGAAGUUCAAUUUGUUCUCUUACACAACCAUUCCUAUAUCAUUCCGUGCAUUCUCGAUUUAUUUGCGAAGCAAGCUGGGGGGAGGUAUACCUAUGCUUGCUUUCAUCGGUUAAUAUCUCUGUACCCGAGCAGCAAGAGAGGGAGAGCACUAGUCCAAGAAUUCGUUUUUUUCCAGGAGAAGCCCGCGAAGAUCUACGGAAUUGCGGAUAUGCGCUUUCAAGACGAAUCGAAAUGAAUGUGAAUAAACGCAAUCAGGUUGAAACUCAUCCAGCAUAACAAAUUCAUACUGUUUAUUUAAAAAUAAAACGAAUUGUUUCUGUAAACAAAUAUACAGCAUUUUUCUCUUUAUUGUACAUAGUCUUAUCGCGUUUUGUUUUCAGACAAUUGAGUUGAAUUCGGGGCUUGCUCUUGGGAAAUUUACCUCGCUUUUCCACUCGUAACUUACAAAAGAUCGCCGUAUCUCUCGUUACGGCGACACAAAGGAUAAAGAGAAACCCCGAUAAAAGCCAAUAAUUUCGGACUCGACUCUUUUCGCUUCUCGGGCACAAGACUCCAUAGGUUCAUUAAUGCCGUAAUCUCCCGCGCGUCAUUAAGAAAGAGAGAGAGGAGAGAGGGAGAGAAAGAGAGAGUAAGAGAUUUAGUGGUUUAGUGUGGAGGGGACACAGCUCUCAGUGCCCGCUUCAUAGAGCUUCGUCCACGACUGCAAAUGCACGUGUGCACAACUGUGAGUGCGCCCUGCAAACGUGUGACUGUGACUAUACGAACCUCUCGCUUCUGCCACGCAAUUGACGAGGUAUUUAUGCCGGAAUGAUAAUAUCAAACACAUGUCCUUCUGCCAGGAGAAUUGUCCCCUCGUUCUCGUGUCCCGUUGGAUCCCUGGCUUAGCUGAUGAUCUGACGAUCUUCGAGAUGCGAAAUUUUUAACGAUGUAGGGAUCUGUAAAUCGCCGGUAUAUAGGCCCGCACAUAUUCCUGCAAGACUGACGUUCCUUCGCUGUUCUAAAAAAAGAAUUAAACGGAAAUGCCGCUUCUUAGCAAAGCUAUCAGAGAUUAAAGAAAGAUACAUAGGUAAUUAUAAUGGAGAAUUUGCCUAACAUCCAUGGGAGACUAAUAUCUAUUUUAAAAAUCAAAUUUAAAGACAUGAUAUAUUCAAUUAUUUAGAUAUUUUGUGAAUGAGUCACCUCCCCAGACAAUGAAAGUUGACCUAGCGAUCUGCGUGUCUUUAGACGUUCCUAAUCAAGACAAUUUAGUUCGUAAUCCCCUCGUGAGGAUCUCGUGCGCUUGUUAAACAAACACACAGUCGACAGAGGGACAGGGUUUUUGCCAACAUGAGACUAUCAUUGAAUAAUCUUUGGCUAUUACAUUGUAUCGCGAAGUGCCGAUGACACUUUCGCUAAAGUGUGGAUUAUCUAUUUUCAGGAAGAAGAGAAGGACCAGGGGAGAGCGGGACUACGGGAACUCUUCCAAGACAUCGUUAAACAUAUUGUUAAGGUAAAGAUUUUGCAUAAUCUUAACAAUAAGAAAAAGAGUGUGAGAGAGUGUGAGGGUGAACAGACGAUGAAGAAAUUUGCGUUAAGGUCACAGAUACGUUAGAAUCGAUAUAACUCGUGUCCCGAGCAAUUGUUAUUUUAGACCGUCUAUACAUAAACAGAAUCAUCAGCAAAAUAAAUUGUAUGAUACAAUUUGUAUUUGCUGUGCCGCGUUGUAACAAUAAUAAUACUCGUAAGAUUGUUAUUUGGAAUUAAUAAAACAAUGCCACGUA